CCAUCUAACCCGCGUCCAUAUCAUUGCCUUUCUGUGAGCUGCGAUCCGAUCCAAACCCCGCGCUGACCUGACCCGCAUGCGACCCGUCUCCCCACAUCAAAUCCCAGCCAUCCAUCCUAGGGUUUCAAUCUGAAUCAUUCAUUGUUUAAUAUAUAUUGCUGCACCACACCACAAAACACACAAUACUAUGUGCGCCGUUGGUUCUUUCUCUCUCACUCUGUCUCACUUGCGAUACCGGUGGUUCCGGUGAUUUUUCACUGUGAAGUUGAGAGGUUCUUUUCGAUGUGUGCUCUGGGGAGUGUUUGUGAGGAUUUUUACGAUUCAAUUUCUCUGUUUCAUUCUGUUUCCGUUGCGAGAGUGGGGUUUUGCUUCUUUAGGUAGAAGAUAGGUGUUUCUUGGGUGUUGUUGGCCGGCGCCAGAGUUGUUCGUCGCUGUCUUGGUCUCCUCUUUGAUAAUAGUGGAUGACCUACAAAAAUCUGAGCCACAUAGCGUGUUUCGAUUGUGUUUCAACUUUUUUUCUUGUCCCAGUUCUUUAAUAAAUUCUAUUUAGUAUUCUUUUUCCUAAAAUAACAUCUUUCAUGAUAUUUGGCGACGAUUUUCACAAAUUUUAUGCGUCAUGGAUGCUAUCGAACCAUUACGAUACAGUGGUGGUGGAGACGCGAUGUCUAUCGAGGAUAUUGCUUUCUUGAAGCUUAAUUCCUCUAGAAACUUUUGUGUGAUGUUGUUGUUCCACAUACACAAAAUCACACUGACAGUGACGGCGGCACUCCACGCACUCACACUCAGAGCUCUGAUCGACUAUGUUUGCCCUAUACGCUUCAAUGGAUUCAGCCUGCAUGGAGGUAAACAAAGCAAUGCAUGCGAAUUGCGGAUCCAGGUCGAUCUGUUGGGAUUGAAGAUUGAUAAUCCAAGUUACCGCAGAAGGAAUUGUCUUUUCAGGGCAUCAUUGGAAGAUAAUGAAAAUGAUCAUGACAGAAGAAUGGUGGUGAAAUAUCUCGAGGAAAAUCCAACGAUGUUUGAACCAUUUGUUGAAGAUGAAGUUCCUUCGAUAAAUAUUGCGAAUCCAAAAUGGCAACGGCUUGUAAUUGCAAGCCGAGAAAGAAGUGCUAUAGACGAUGUGAAAGCAUAAGAAUUGCAUAGAUCCACGCAACAAAUGUAAGUUUUUGGUAGUGUAGAUGGAUGCUAUCAAACCAUUACGACAAGGUGUGGUGGUGGAGACUAUCCGCCUUUUUAAUGUGGCAUGGAAAAGUAUGCCGGCGCCGAAAUGCAACCUUCUAGCUCCGUCCCCUUACCGAUGCCUCACGGAAGAGUACAGUUAUGUAAGGCGCGCUGUCUAACCUGGCCCGCCUUCUAGAAGUCCAAUUCUGUCAUGAAGAUUUUAGCUAUUAAGAUAAUAUAAAAAUGAGGACGAGCAUUGUACUUUUUGUAAUUAAAAGAAUUUUAUAUUCUCUUAUUGUUGUUGUUUGUGGGUUUUAGUUUUGGGUUUGGAUUAUUGAAUAGUAAAAAGGUGAAUUUGAAUAGUUGUUUGAUGUGAUAUAAAUAGAAGUUGAUGUGAUAU